AUGGUGCUCUCUUUAUUCAGUUAUUUUUAUUAUUACCAUUUCCUAGUUCCAACGAAUGCUCCACCAAAACUCACGCAAGUGAACGUGGGAUCUGUUCGUCUUCAGUGGGACUUUUCACAGGUAACAUCCUGCGGCAUCUACUCAAACACAAUCCUCUAUGAGGAUGGAAAUCGCACUAGAAGGGAGGUCCUGAUUCCAGCGUCAAAUCAGCACGUCUUGACAAAUCUGGCGCCGGGCGUCAGCUACACCUUUCGUGUGAAUGCUGACUGUGUUGGGUCCCUGGCUGCGUACACAAACAAUGUUACGGAUCGGCUGCAAGAGUACCCUCCGUCCAUGCCUCUAAAUUUGGAGGUGAAAGUGACGACAGCUGCUUUGGAGAUUUCUUGGAGUCCACCUGCCGCUCCCAAUGGCAAACUUGGAAACUAUCUUGUGACCCUCAAUAACAUUAGUGAAGAGAUUGGCGGCCUUAACUACAGCUUCUUCGACCUCAAACCUAUGACCACGUAUACAAUCACUAUCAAAGCUCAAACCACUGCUGGUUAUGGGCCUGCAGCCUCAACGGUAGUCACAACAGAUCCAACCGGUAUGUUUGGCACGUCCUAA